CAAAUAAGUAAAAUUUUCUGCUCCUCUGCAGCGGCGACAAGACAACCGACUGAACGCACGGUUGUAAACCAGCGCGACGUCAUCAUCGUCUGAGCGGACUCGCGGCCACCACCCGCAGCGAUCCGCUCCGCAGCGGUCACCAUGUCGCCGACCGCCACCGCCAUGCCACCCGCUGUCCUUUCCCGGUCCUCUUACCUUCUCUCUUCUGCCGUUCGCCUUCGCUCCUUCUCCAGGACUCCCGCGUCCGCCUCUUCCUUCGCUGCGCCCCGUCGUCUACCGCGCUCCUCUCGCGCUCUAUCCGUCCGUGCCUUCUCGGCCUCCGACCCGCCCCUUGAGGUCUGCGUGAAGGCCUCCACUGUCGUCCCCAAUCGGCUUGGCGACUGCCCCUUUUCACAAAGGGUUUUGUUGACUCUUGAGGAGAAGCACCUACCUUAUGACCUGAAGCUGAUAGAUUUUGCUAACAAGCCAGAAUGGUUUUUGGAAAUCAGUCCUGAAGGUAAAGUUCCUGUUGUCAAACUCGAUGAGAAGUGGGUUGCUGAUUCUGACAUCAUCACCCAGUCGUUGGAAGAAAAAUACCCUGACCCACCAUUGGCAACUCCACCAGAGAAGGCUUCAGUUGGUUCAAAAAUUUUCACCACGUUUAUUGGUUUUCUUAAAAGCAAAGACCCAAAUGAUGGAACAGAGCAAGCAUUGCUUACUGAGCUGACAUCAUUUGAUGAUUAUUUAAAGGAAAAUGGUCCUUUUGUUAAUGGUAGCAUGCUUUCUGCUACUGACCUGUCACUUGGACCUAAGCUUUACCAUCUGGAGAUUGCUCUCAGUCACUAUAAGAAUUGGUCAGUUCCAGAAUCCCUUAAAUAUGUAAGGGCUUAUAUGAAGUCCAUUUUCUCUAUGGAUUCAUUUGCUAAAACUCGAGCAUUGCCAGAGGAUGUCAUUGCUGGUUGGCGCCCAAAAGUCAUUGGUUAAGUCACACAGCAGAUCUCUUGGAAGCAGCGAUGGUUCUUCCUACUUUGAGCAUAUUAGAAUGUUGAUGCAUAUUCAAGCAUGUCCAUUGUAUCUUCUGAUCUGUCUCAUGUUUUAGUAUAAUUCUUUUUGGAUGAUACACAAAAGAUGAUCUUCCAUACUCUCUCAUCUACGUGUUUGUUAUUCUUUUGCUAAAUAUAUAAGAAUCAGUCUGAAUGUGGCAUGGUAGUUAAGAG